UGUGUAUACUUUCAACUUAAUUAUAAAGAAAUGAGUGAUAAAAUUGAUGUAAAACUGUGUGCUGUCUGUGGGGAUGAGGCUAUAGGCAAACACUUCGGAGCCCUGGCCUGUAAAUCGUGUAAACCUUUCUUUCGACGAAAUGCACUUAAAAAUAAAGUAUUCAAAUGUAAAACUAAUGACAAUUGUGUCAUAAACCGCACGACGAGAAAGUCGUGCCGAAAGUGUCGUCUAAAUAAGUGUCUGUCCGUUGGUAUGAAGAAAGAAAACAUACGAAACGAAGAGCAGAAAUACAGCCGAAGACUUCUUGUGGAAGAGAAUCGUAAGAAAAGACAAAACAAUGCCAUCAAUACUGAUAGCAACGACUCAAAGACAUCGUCAGAGAUAUACAAAAGUUAUGAUAAUUCCGACGAAGAGAUUGAUUCGCAAGACACUAGAAAUUGUGUCAAAUUAUCAUUCAUUGACAAAGUGUUUAACGACUUUAGACGCGAUUCCAAUGCUAGCCAUUCAUCUGAACAAAUAGUUUGCAAACCAAAUAAAAAUAAAGAUUUUUUGAGUGAAUUGUUUGAAGAUAAUAAUGUUAGUGAAGAGUUAGUUGAGUCCGAGAUUCAAGAGAUUGUGAGUUAUAUUGAAGAUAAUAAUAAUGAGAUAACCGGCCAAAUGAACCCAAAUGUUGAGGACAAGGAGAGGGCAUUAGAUGUUUGUCACAGAAUCGAGAGACCAUUCAGUGAUAGUUUCCAAGAGGUGCAACAUAUGAAACUCCUAGAGCUGUCAAGUGUGACCAAGAUGUUUACCACUCCGUUACCGUUGAAACCGUUGAUGGCUAUAGUGCUCUAUAAUCCCGACCGACAAUACCUACAACAGAAAGAUGUCAUUAAAUUUCAACAGAAUCUCUAUUUAUAUUUACUUCAACGCUAUCUUUCACUCAAAUAUGUGACCGAAUGGGAGGCGCAGACAAAGUUUGGACGACUUUUGUUAGCUUUGGGAGAUAUCUACCAAAUGGGCAAAUGUCAGCUCAAUAUUGCCUAUCAGGAAGACCCGAAAAUUUUUGGACCUCUUAUAAGGAAACAAACUAUUUAUGCAGUAGUACUGCAGCAGUACAUUAAAAUACUCAACUAA